CCGAUUCACAUUGCUUCUGCAUCCCAUGAUGUUUCAAAAAUUGAAGAAUUAGUCAAACAAGGUACUGACGUCAAUAUGUUUACCAUUGAUAAUGUUUGGACUCCUUUAAAAUUGGCUACAGUAGCUGGGGAAGAACAUUUACAAAAGACUAGAAGACAAUGGCAAGGAAAAGAGAGAAGUAUCAAAACUAUUCUUUGCUUAUUAAACCAUGGCGCAGAUAUCAAUCUCUGUGGAAAUGAUGGAAUCAGUCCACUCUAUAUAGCUUGUGAAAAGGGACUUGACAGUGCGGUAAAACUUUUUCUGAAUAGAGGUGCAGAAAUCAAUCACUGUAAUGAGAAUGGAGUCAGUCCUCUUUAUAUGGCUUGCCAAAAUGGCCAUGAAGGCAGCGUACAACUCCUGCUGAAAAACGGCGCCGAUAUUAACUUAUGUGACAACAGAAAAGUUAGUCCGCUGUGGAAAGCUUGUCAAAACGCACAUGCUAGCAUCGUACAACUUUUACUAAACAAUGGAGCCGACUUCAAUUUCUGUAACGAGAAUGGAGUAAGUCCCCUUCAUAAAGCCUGCCAAAUUGGCAACAAUAGCUCGAUACAGCAUUUACUGAACAAAGGUGCCAACAUCAAUGUAUGCACAAAAAGGGGAAGCAGUCCUUUGUUGAUUGCUUGUAACAAUGGACAUGAAAACACGGUACAACUUCUAUUAAAUAAAGGUUCUGUCAUUAAUUCAUGUAACGUCAAUGGAGUUAGUCCUCUUUGGAUAGCUUGCCAAAAUGGACAUAACAAAACGGUAGACAUUUUAAUUAAUAACGACGCCGAUAUUAAUUUAUAUGACAACUUUGGAGUCAGUCCUCUGUGGAUAGCUGGUCAAAAGGGACUGAAUAGCAUAGUACAAAUUUUAAUUAACAAGAGCGCCGACGUAAAUUCAUGUGAUAACGCUGGAAACAGUCCCCUCUACAUAGCAUGUGAAAAGGGACAUGAUAGCACAGCACAAAUUUUACUGAAUAACGGCGCCAAUAUCAACUCAUGUUACAACGAUGGAUUCAGUCCGCUGUUUAUAGCUUGUCAAAAGGGACACGAAAGAACGAUACGACUUUUACUGGAUAAUGGCGCAGACAUAAAUUCUUUUAGUAAAAAUGGGGGAAUACCUUUGUGGAUAGCAUGUGAAAAUGGUCAUAACAGUACAGCACAACUUCUACUGAACAAUGGCGCGCACAUCAAUUCAAGUAAGAGCAAUGGAGUCAGCCCUCUGUGGAUAGCUUGUAAAAAUGGAGAUGACAGCAUGGUACAACUUUUACUUGACAACGGGGCCGACAUCAAUUUAAAUAAGAACAAUGGAUUUAACCCUCUUUAUUUAGCUUGUGAAAAUGGACAUGAAAGCACGGUACAACUAUUACUAGACAACGGCGUCAGCAUCAAUUCACGUGACAAAAAAAGAGAAAGUCCCCUCUACAUAGCUUGUCAAAAUGGACAUGAGAAAACAGUAAACCUUUUACUGACUCACGGCGCAGAUAUCAAUGCAUGUAACAAAAAUGGCGCCAGUCCCCUUUACAUAGCCUGUGAAAAUGGACAUGAUAGUACUGUAGAACUUUUACUGAAUAAUGGCGCUGACAUCAAUUCAUGUAACAAGUUUGGUGUGAAUCCCCUUUAUACUGCUUGUCAAAAAGGGCAUAACAGCAUAAUCCGUAAGUUAUUGAAGAAAGGUGCCGAAAUUAAUAUUUGUUCUAAUGAUGGAGUCAGUCCUUUGUGCAUAGCUUGUCAAUAUGGAUAUGAGAGUACAAUCCAACUUUUAUUAAACAGCGACGCUGUUGUCAAUUUUUGUGACAAAGAUGGAGUAAGUCCUCUAUUGAUAGCUUGUAAAUAUGGACAUGACUGUAUAGUCCAACUUUUACUGAAUAAUGGCGCUGAUAUUAAUUUCUGUUCGAAGAGCGGAGUCAGUCCCCUCCACAUGGCAUGUUCAAGGACUAUUUCACAAAACUAUGUAAAAUUUGUAUCCAGUCCAUAA